GGGUAUGUAUAUAUAAGUAAAAUUAAAUCUAUUUCUGUUUCUAACCUCACACGGGUGUGAGGGUACGUAUGUAUAAAUAAAACUAAAUCUAUUUCUAUUCCUAAACUCACAGGAGUGUAGGUGUAUAUAUGUAUAAGUGAAACUAAAUCUAUUUCUAUACCUAAGGGUGCUUGGAAUUGGUCACUUAUAUUAUAAGUCGAAUUAGGCAGCUACUCAUUAUAUCUAUCUAUGAUAAUGUUUAACUGUUACAAAUAAUAUCUACAAGAAUGAGAAAAAAACAUGUACAUAUAUUUGUUGUACAACAUGAGUAUUCUUUGUGUAAAUAUCUUGCACAAUUCUGUGUUAAUAUUAUGUAAGAAUGACUCAUUCAAAAAGAAAACUUGCAUAAGAAUGUUAUGAUCUUUGCACAAUAUGUUAUUGAUGUGAAGCUAGCACGAACAAACGAUGUGUUAGCUAAAACCUUUUUCCGAAAGUUUCUCCCGUGAAUAGAAGUACUACCAUUCGAUGCGGAAUUAAAUUCUGAGUCGAGUGGUGUAGUUUUCAUGGACGGGAGAUACUUGGUAAAAAAAUGUUUACCUAACAUAUCGUUUGUUCGUGCUAGCUCCUUCGUGCUAGGUUUACACCGAUGAAAAAACUACGAUGAUAUAUUUAAUACAAAUGUUAAAGGUGUUCUUUUUAUUGUUCCAAAAGCUUUACCAAUUUUAAAAGAUGGCGCAUCUAUUAUACUUAAUGCAGCAGUUGUUUCCAUAAAAGGUGCUGUGCGAACAGACACGACUAUCUAGAUAUUAUAUCUUAUGAGUUAUCAUUCAGAGAAGUCAAUUAUGAGUUAGUGUUCUUACUAAUGUUCACAUUAUGAAUAUUACCUUGUACUGUCACUGUUUAUUCUCUUCCCUUUUCUGUUCAGUAUAAAAGAUGUGCUGUAUUGUAGAAGACACAUUUUGGAGAAUGAUACAAUGUAGUUAAACAUCUUCUAGAUUGAAGAAUAGUGUAGUGCUAUUCCUCCAAUCUGGCUCUGUGAUCAGAAAUAAUAAUAAGAAAUAAAAUGCUGCAGCAAAAACAAAUAUUAUCAUCUCAUCUUCUUUUCCGUUACAGGUACAUCAGAAGGAAGUAUCUAUUAUGCAAGGAAAGCAGCAGUUCGUUGGUUUGCACGUUGUCCUACCGAUACACCAUUUUUGGAGAGAAUUACCAAUACAAAAGAAGCCUUACAAGUCUUCACUAGCCAACUUGCAGCAAGGACUAUUAUGGGUCGACUUGGUCAAACAACUGAAAUUGCUAAAACUGUUUUAUUUGUAGCUUCAGAUGAUAGCUUAUAUAUUACUGGUAGCGAGCUUUUUCUUGAUGGUGGUGCUGGACAAAUUUGA